AUGGCGGUGUUGAGAAAUUCGGAUAACAACAAAGCUCACGGUCCCGAUGGAGUUACUGCGCGACUACUGACAGAAACUGUGUUCCAGAUCACUCCUUCACUUCGCACACUCUUCAACAAAUCAUUACGCUGUAGCAUUCUUCCUGAUGAUUGGAAAUUGGCUAAUGUCGUACCUGUGCAUAAGCGAG